CUGGGCCGGGACCGGUAGCACGAGAACUCGAAACUAGCCUAUAGAUAGGCUACAAAGAUACGGAGACGACGUAAUGUCUUGCGCGGUGGAAUAACAAAUUAAAUGGACUGUAUUCCGUCGAAAGUUGAUUAUUAAAGAAAUAGAGCAAAGUGCAGUGAACCGAUCGCUCUCUCUCAAACACACAAGGCGUCUACGGGACUGUAGAACCGGAGGGAGCCUCGUUUUUUUUGCUGGUUUGCACACAUUUCUGAGGUUCAAGUGGGGCACUUUAAAUGAUCUGAAGCAACGUCAGAAUGUUGUAUUGUUGUGAUUUACUCGGCCGUGUUUGGCACUCACGGAUCAUUCGGUUAUAUUUGUUGGCAUUUUUUAUAGCACCUGUGUUCUUACACCCACAAUGUUUGGAUUUCAAGCCCCCCUUCAAGCCUCAAGAUGAUCUCCAGUUCUGCGCAAUGUACAGGAACUUCGGCUGCUGCGACUCUGCCAAGGACAAGGAAUUGAUGGCUAAAUUCUAUAAGAUCAUGGACAAUUUCGACUAUUAUGGAUAUGCCAGCUGUGCUGGGUACGUGCAGGACCUUCUCUGCCAGGAAUGCUCUCCAUAUGCAGCUCACCUCUUUGAUGCUGAGGACCCCAGCACCCCUAUCAGAACCCUCCCUGGCCUGUGCCCUGACUACUGUUCACAGUUCUGGCUCAAAUGCCGUUCCACCAUCACCUUGCUCUCCGAUGACCCGCAGCUAGCCGAAGCCGAGCCGGACCAGGACCGCUUCUGCCAGCUCCUGGAGCUGGAGGACCCAGACUACUGUUACCCACACCUUCUCAGCAACGAACAGCUGACACAGAACUUGGGCCGGGUCCGGGCCGACCCCGAGGGUUGCCUUCAGCUCUGCCUGGAGGAAAUAGCCAAUGGCCUGCGGAACCCCCUGGCCAUGGUUUACGCCAACGACGGAACACACCGCUUCUUUAUAGCAGAGCAGGUGGGUCUGGUGUGGACGUACCUACCCGACCGCUCCAAGCUGGAGAAGCCGUUCCUGAACAUCACCAAGGCCGUUCUGACGUCGCCCUGGGAGGGGGAUGAGAGGGGCUUCCUGGGCAUGACCUUUCACCCCAACUACAAGUACAACAGGAAGCUGUAUGUAUACUACUCUGUGGAGAUUGGCUUCGAUGAGAGGAUCAGGAUCAGCGAGUUCCGCGUCUCUCCCAGCGACAUGAACGUGGUGGACCACGGGUCUGAGAGGAUCAUUCUGGAGGUUGACGAGCCUGCGUCCAAUCACAACGGAGGAAUGGUGAUGUUUGCUGAUGACGGUUACCUGUACAUUUUCACUGGAGACGGGGGCAUGGCUGGUGACCCCUUUGGGAAAUAUGGAAACUCUCAGAACAAGUCAGCUCUGUUAGGCAAAGUUCUCCGGAUCGAUGUUGAUGACAACGACAGAGGUCCCCUGUACAGGAUCCCUUCUGACAACCCGUUCGUGCAUGAGCGCGGGGCGCGCCCUGAGGUCUAUGCUUAUGGGGUGCGCAACAUGUGGAGGUGUUCUGUGGACCGGGGGGACCCCCUGACUAAGGAGGGCAAGGGACGCAUCUUCUGCGGGGAUGUGGGACAGAACAAGUUUGAGGAGAUCGACAUCAUAGAGAAGGGAAGGAACUACGGCUGGAGGGCCAAAGAGGGGUUCUCCUGUUAUGACAAGAAGCUGUGCACCAACAGCUCUCUAGAUGAUGUACUCCCCAUCUAUGCCUACCCUCACAAGAUGGGCAAGUCUGUGACUGGUGGCUAUGUGUACAGAGGCUGUGAAUACCCCAAUCUGAACGGCAUGUACAUAUUUGGAGACUUUAUGAGCGGGCGUAUGAUGACCCUCCAGGAGAAUAAGAACACAGGUCAGUGGGACUACCAUGAGAUCUGUAUGGGCAUAGGUCUGACCUGUGCCUUCCCUGGCUUAAUCAACAACUACUACCAGUACAUCAUCUCAUUUGCGGAGGACGAGGCAGGAGAACUGUACUUCAUGUCAACUGGAGUGCCCAGUGCCACAUCUCCCACCGGUGUGGUUUACAAACUGGUGGAUCCCUCAAGACGGGCACCGCCAAGACAAUGCCACUAUGACCCGCUGCCUGUCAGAGUGAAGAGCAAGCUCAUCAAAUUCAAACCAAAGGAAACAUUAACAGGAGUUGAACUACCGACCAAGCGACCCAAUCUCUCCCCGCAAGAAGAGCCCGUCAGAUCCCAUCCCACUGAGUCUGCAGUAAGCGAGUCCGACAAGGACUGGCUUCAGGAGCUCAUGGAUAUUCUGAAGGAGCAAGAGGCUGCCGCUGUCACCACCACACUUCCUCCAACCACAACCACAACCAAACCACCCAGGCACACACGACGAAAAAAUCGCAGGAAGAAGGGCAAGCAUCGGUUAGAGAGCGAGUCGGCAUCAGCAGCUGUGCCACAGAAUGGGGUGGUGAGACUGGCGGGGGACGAGCAGGGGCGGGACGACCGGGGGAGGGUGGAGAUCUUCGCCAACGGGGAGUGGGGAACGGUGUGCGACGACCUGUGGAAUACAAAAAACGCAGCAGUGGUUUGUCGACAGCUGGGGUUCCGGUUCGCCCUGAAGGCGUCCAAGCACUCGGAGUUCGGAGAAGGGAAGAGUCUCCGGAUUCUUCUGGAUGAUGUACAGUGUGAGGGGACAGAGGAGAGCCUGCUGGGCUGUCAACACACAGGCGUAGGUAUGCAUAACUGUGCCCAUUACGAGGACGCGGGGGUGAUAUGUGGGAACUCAGACUACGUAGAUGCCUAGAAAUGAGAGUCCACUGAAUUUAUUCCUGACUGUGUCCUAAGUGAUUGUAACUAAAGCAAAGGAAUAUUGCUGUCUAACUUUUGUCUAAUUGUUAUCAAUGGUGGCACUUAUAGGUCUACCUCUUUCAUUAAGGUAAUAUAAUGCUGAUUUAAUUGUUGUGUUAAAGUCUUAAAAGGUUUCUAUUUGAAUGUAAGGUUUUGCUAAUGCAAGACAUUGUCUUCUCUAAAGCAAAUUCAUCUAAACAGUAUUUCAAUGAAUGUAUAAGGAAUACCAGGUUAUUUAAUACUCACUCAUGAUCACAUACUGAAAUCAAUUAUCCAACCAGACCAGAUAUGUGUUCAGUUGACAUGGAAAAAACAUACAGUAUAUAUAUAUACAGUACCAGUCAAAAGUUGUGACACACCUACUCAUUCAAGGGUUUUUCUUUAUUUUUAUUAUUUUCUACAUAGUAGAAUAAUAGUGAAGACAUCAAAACUAUGAAAUAACACAUAUGGAAUCAUGUAGUAACCAAACAAGUGUUAAACUUCUUCAAAGUAGCCAACCUUUGCCUUGAUUGCAGCUUUGCACACUCUUGGCAUUCUCUCAACCAGCUUCAUGAAAUGCUUUUCCAACAGUCUUGAAGGAGUUCCCACAUAUGCUGAGCACUUGGCUGCCUUUCCUUCACUCUGCGGUCCAAUUCAUCCCAAACCAUCUCAAUUGGGUUGAGUUUGGGUGAUUGUGGAGGCCAGGUCAUCUGAUGCAGCACUCCAUCACUCUCCUUCUUGGACAAAUAGCCCUUACACAGCCUGGAGGUGUGUUGGGUCAUUGUCUUGUUGAAAAACAAAUGAUAGCGCAAACCAGAUAGGAUGGCGUAUUGCUGCAGAAUUCUAAAUAAAUCACUGACAGUGUCACCAGCAAAGCACCCCCACACCAUAACACCUCCUCCAUGCUUCAAGGUGGGAACCAUACAUGCAGAGAUCAUCUGUUCACCUACUCUGCGUCUCACAAAGACACAGCGGUUGGAACCAAAAAUCUCACAUUUGGACUCUUCAGACCAAAGGACAGAUUUCCACCGGUCUAAUGUCCAUUGCUCGUGUUCUUGGCACAAGCAAGUCUCUUCUUUGUAUUGGUGGCUUUAGUAGGGGUUUCUUUGCAGCAAUUUGACCAUGAAGGCCUGAUUCACGCAGUCUCCUUUGAACAGAUGCCUUUGAGAUGUGUCAGUUACUUGAACUCUGUGAAGCAUUUAUUUCGGCUGCAAUCUGAGGUGCAGUUAAUUGCCGAUUUCUGAGGCUGGUAAUUCUAAUGAACUUAUCCUCUGCAGCAGAGGUAACUCUGGGUCUUUCUUUCCUGUGGGGGUCCUCAUGAGAGCCAGUUUCAUCAUAUCGCUUGAUGGUUUUGGCGAUUGCACUUGAAGAAACUUUCAUAGUUCUUGACAAUUUCCGGAUUGACUGACCUUCAUGUCUUAAAAUAAUGAUGGACUCAUUUCUCUUUGCUUAUUUGAGAUGUUCUUGGUCUUAUACCAAAUAAGGGCUCUCAACUGUAUACCAACCAUACCUUGUCACAACACAACUGAUUGGCUCAAACGCAUUAAGAAGGAAAUAAAUUCCACAAAUGAACUUUAACAAGGCACAUUUGUUAAUUUAAAUGAAUUCCAGGUGACUACCUCAUGAAUCUGGUUGAGAGAAUGCCAAUUGUGUGCAAAGCGGUCAACAAGGCAAAGGGUGGCUACUUUGAAGAAUCUCAAAUAUUGUAAUGCUCGGGGUGUAGUGGAGGAAGGAGUCAGAUGCAGGAGACAGAGAAUUCAGAGUAGCGCUACUUCUUUAUACACCGACCAGGUGAAAACAGACGCCACUCAAAACAAAUGCCCUAAAACACAGGGGAACUAAACAGUCCCAAAAACAACUCACGUACACGAACAACCGUGACAUACAGGCGUGUACAAUGAGUACACAUAAAACAAUCCCGCACACCCAGCAGGUGGGCCGGCUGGCUAAUAAAGUCCAACUAAUAAACCUAAUUAACAACAGGUGUAACGAAUAAACAGACAAGGAGGGGGAGGAAAAGAUCAGUGGCAGCUAGUAGGCCGGUGACGAUGACCGCCGAGCACCACCCGAACGGGAAGGGGAGCCACCUUCGGUAGGAGUCGUGACAAAUAUAAAAUAUAUUUAGAUUUGUUUAAAAAAAUGGUUACUACUGGAUUCCAUAUGUGUUAUUUCGUAGUUUUGAUGUCUUCACUAUUAUUCUACAAUGUAGAAAAUAUAAAAAAUUAAGAAAAACCUGGAAUGUUUCGGAGUGUCCAAACUUUUGACAGGAACUGUAUAUAGAGAGAGUUUGUGUUAAAGUCUUAUUGGUUUUUUCGUUGCUGUUUUUUUUGUUAUUUCACUUGCUUAGGCAAUGUAAACACGUUUCCCAUGCCAAUAAAGUGACUUUGGAAUGAAGUUAGAGGGAGGGAGAGAGAGAGAGAGAUGGGAUAAAGGGGAAGAGGAAAUAGUGUGGAGUGACAAGAGAGGAUUAAGAGUGGGCAAAGUUAAAACUGCCAAUUCGAAGCCUGGAAUCCAAACGGAAUAUCGCUCUGUUUCUCUAUUCAGUGUGGACUGACAAAAUGCCUAUUUGUCCAAGUCAAAAUCAAAUCAAACUUUAUUUGCCACAUGCGCUGAAAGUGUAGGCUUUACUGUGAAAUGCUUACUUACAAGCCCUUAACCAACAGUGCAGUUCAAGAAGAAGAAAAUAUUUACCAAGUAGGCAAAAAUAAAAAGUAAUAAUAAAAAGUAACACAAUAAGAAUAACGAGGCUAUAUACAGGGGGGCACCGGUACCGAGUCAGUGAGCAGGGGUACAGGCUAGUUGAGGUAAUCUGUACAUGUAGGUGGGGGCGAAGUGACUAUAUACAGGGGGGCACCGGUACCGAGUCAGUGAGCAGGGGUACAGGCUAGUUGAGGUAAUCUGUACAUGUAGGUGGGGGCGAAGUGACUGGAUAGAUAACAAACAAACAGUGAGUAGCAGCAGUGUACAAGCAGUCUAAUGGCUUGGAGAUAGAAGCUGUUGAGGAGCCUUUUGGUCCUAGACUUGGCGCUCUAGUACCGCUUGCCGUGCGCUAGCAGAGAAAAAAGUCUAUAACUUGGGUGACUGGAGUCUCUGACAAUUUUAUGGGCUUUCCUCUGACACCGCCUAUUAUAUUGGUCCUGGAUGGCAGGAAGCUUGACCCCAGUGAUGUACUGGGCCGUUUGCAGUGCCCUCUGUAGCGCCUUACGGUCAGAUGCCGAGCAGUUACCAUACCAGUGAUGCAACCGUUCAGGAUGCUCUCGAUGGUGUAGCUGUAGAACCUUUUGAGGAUCUGGGGGCCCAUGCCAAAUAUUUUCAGUCUCCAGAGGGGGAAAAGGUUUUGUUGUGCCCUCUUCACAACUGUCUUGGUAUGUUUGGACCAUGAUAGUUCGUUGGUGAUGUGGACACUGAGGAACUUGAAACUCUCGACCCACUCCACUACAGCCCCAUCGAUGUUAAUGGGGGCCUGUUCGGCCGCAUUUUCCUGUAGUCCACGAUCAGCUCCUUUGUCUUGCUCACAUUGACGGAGAGGUUGUUGUCCUGGCACCCCACACUGCCAGUUCUCUGACUUCCUCCCUAUAGGCCAUCUCAUCGUUGUUGGUGAUCAGUUGUGUCGUAAGCAAACUUAAUGAUGGUGUUGGAGUCAUGUUUGGCCACGCAGUUAUGGGUGAACAGGGAAUACAGGAGGGGACUAAGUACACACCACUGAGGGGCCCCAGUGUUAAGGAUCAGCGUGGCAGACGUGUUGUUGCCUACUCUUACCACCUGGGGGAGGCCCUCCAGGAAGUCUUUGAUCCAGUUGCAGAGGGAGGUGUUUAGUCCCAGAGUCCUUAGCUUAGUGAUGAGCUUCGUGGGCACUAUGGUGUUAAACGCUGAGCUGUAGUUGAUGAACAGCAUUCUCACAUAGGUCUUCUUUUUGUCCAGGUGAGAAAGGGUGGUGUGGAGUGCGGCUGAGAUUGCGUCAUCUGUGGAUCUGUUUGGGGGGUAUGCGAAUGGAGUGGUUCUAGGGUGUCUGGGAGGAUGCUGUUGAUGUGAGCCAUGACCAGCCUUUCAAAGCACUUCAUGGCUACCGACGUGCGUGCCAUGGGGCGGUAAUCAUUUAGGCAGGUUACCUUCACUUCUUUGUGCACAGGGACUAUGGUGGUCUGCUUGAAACAUAUAGGUAUUAUAGACUUGGUCAGGGAGAGGUUGAAAAUGUCAGUGAAGACGCUUGACAGUUGGUCCGCGCAUGGUUUGAGUACACGUCCUGGUAAUCCGUCUGGCCCAGGGGCUUGGUGUUUAAAAGUUUUGUUCACAUCAGCUACUGAGAGCGUUAUCACACAGUCAUCCAGAACAGCUGGUGCUUUCGUGCAUGCUUCAGUGUUGCUUGCCUCGAGGUGAGCAUGAAAGGCAUUUAGCUCGUCUGGUAGGCUCGUGUCACUGGGCAGCUCGCGUCUGGGUUUCCCUUUGUAGUCCGUAAUAGUUUUCAAGCCCUGCCACAUCUGACGAGCACCCCAACAGAUCCACAGAUAAUGCACUCUCUAUUGCACUCCACACUGCCCUUUCCCACCUGGACAAAAGGAACACCUACGUGAAAAUGCUUCUCAUUAACUACAGAUCAGCGUUCAACACCAUAGUGUAGGGUUCCCCAACGGGCCGCCCGCGUAUCAAAUGUAGUUUUCAGAAUAAAUUUAAAAAAUAUAUAUAUAUAUUUUAGGGUGAAUUUUCAUUGUUGGACAUAAGACCAUCCAGUAAGGAUAUUUAUUUUUAUUGGCCCGCGACUGAAUCUAGUUGAUGAUCCCUGCCAUCGCUUAGAGAUGAGCUUGGAGGGCACUAAGGACCCUGUGACGGUACACCUCCCUUUGGAAUUGGACUUCCUGACAGGCCGCCCCCAGCUGGUGAGGGUAGGCAACAAUACAUCCACCUCGCUGACCCGCAACACGGUUAGUCCCCUGCUGCACUCCUUGUUCACCCACGGCUGCCUGGCCACGCACAACUGAAACACCAUCAUUAAGUUUGCCCGGCUACAGGACGGUGGUAGGUCUGACCACCGACAACGAUUAGACAGCCUAUUGGGUGGAGGUCAGAGACCUGGCAACCUCUCCCUCAACGUGAGCAAGAUAAAGGAGCUGAUCGUGGACUACAGGAAAAGGAGGGCCGAGCACUCCCCCAUUCACAAAAACGGGGCUGUUAUGGAGCAGGUCGAGAGCUUCAAGUUCCUUGGUAUCCAUAUCACCAAGAACCUAUCGUGGUCCAAACAAACCAACAUUGAAGAGGGCAGACAACGCAUUUUCCCCCUCAGGAGGCUGAAAAGAUUUGGAAAGGUAGCUCAGAUCUUCAAAAAGUUCUACAGCUGCACCAUCAAGAGCAUCCUGACUGGUUGUAUCACUGCUUGGCACGGCAACUGCUCAGCAUCCGACAGCAAGGUACUACAGAGUGUAGUGCGUACGGCCCAGUACAUCACUGGGGCUGAGCUUCCUGUCAUCCAGGACCUCUAUUCCAGGCGGUGUCAGAGGAAGGCCCUAAAGUCAUAGGCUGUUCUCUCUACUACAGCAUGGCAAGCGGAACUGGGAGGCCAAGUCUGGGACUAAAAGACUCCUUAAUAAGGCUAGGCAUCCCGCUAGCUGGACACCUGUCGACAGCAUCCGGUGAUAUUGAAGGGCGCGCAAUUCAGAUAAAUAAUCGUAUGAAACAUUUAUGAACAUACAAAACUACCUUAUAUCUGUUAAAAGCUUAAAUUCUUGUUAAUCUAACUCCAUUGUCCGAUUUACAAUAGGCUUUACAGCGAAAGCAUACCAUGCGAUUGUUUGAGGACGGCGCCCUACAUCAACAUAUUUUUCAACCAGCACAGGCUUCAUAAAAUCACAAAUAGCGAUUAAAUAAAUCACUUACUUUUGAAAAUCUUCUUCUGUUUGCAAUCCCAAGGGUUCCAGCUACAACAUGAAUGGUCAUUUUGUUAGAUAAAAUCCUUGUUUAUAUCCCAAAAAGGAAGUUUAGUUGGCGCCAUCGAGUUCAGUGAUCUACUCGUUCAACAUGCAGACAAAGGAGUCCAAAAAGCUACCCCUAAACUUUGUUCAAACAAGUCAAACUAUACAAGACAAACGUUUCUAUUUAAUCCUCAGGUACCUUAAAAUGUAAUUAAACUAUCAAAUUUAAUACGGGAAGAAGUAUGUUCUAUAGAAAAGUCAAAUUAGCAGGUGCGCCUCGUCUUCGUCACGCGCGGACAGACUGAUUUUCCACUGGGACUCUAUACCAAAACUCCAAAUUCUUCCUUGUUUUGGAAGAAACAAGCCUGAAAACUUAAACAAAGACUAUUGACAUCUAGUGGAAGCCAUAGGAAUUGCAAUCUGGGAGCUAGAAUUGCAUAGGACCCAUAGCUUUCCAUUAUAAGAGCCUGGGUCCUCAAAAAAAUUACAUUUCCGUUAGUUUUUUCUUUGGAUUUCCACCUACCAUAUCAAUUGUGUUAUAGUCUCAUAUAUUAUUUUACAAUUUCUACAAACUUCAAAGUGCUUUCUAUCUAGGGCUACCAAUUAUAUGCAUAUCCUGGCUUCUGGGCCUGAGUAACAGUAACAGUUUACUUUUGGCAUAUCAGUCAGGUGGAAAUUCAGGAAAAUAGACCAUAGCCCUAAGAAGUUUUAACAGCUUCUACCCCCAAGCCAUAAGACUGAUGAACAGUUAAUCAAAUGGCUACCCGGACUAUUUGCAUUGACCCACUUAUUUUAUUGUUAUUAUGUUUUGCACUGACUCUCUUGCACAGUCUCGAUGUACACUCACUGGACUUUAAUUACACACUCACACAUACUACACUGACAUUCCAACACACACAUUAAUAUUUACGCACACACAUACAUUCACACUCUUCACAUACACUGUUGCUACUCUCUGUUUAUUAUCUAUGCAUAGUCACUUUACCCCUACCUACAUGUACAUAUUACCUCAAUUACCUCGACUAACCCGUACCCCUGCACAUUGACUCGUUACCGGUACCCCCUAUAUAUAGCCUUGUUAUUGCUAUUUUAUUGUGCUACUAUUUUUUUCAUUCAUUUAUUUAGCAAAUGCUUCUUACUUAUUUAAAAAAAAACUUUGCAUUGUUUGUUAAGGGCUCGUAAGUAAGCAUUUCAUAGUAAGGUCUAAACCUAUUGUAUUCGGCGCAUGUUUGACAAAUACAAUUUGAUUGGCACCUGAUUUUAUCUAGGCCUACUUUUAAUGUAAGAUGUCCUUGAGUGCCCUGAAAGGUGUACGACAAAUAAAAUAUAUUAUCGUAAUUAUCAAUGCUAUAUACAGAGCAAAAGUUGUGGUUAUAGUAUCAAAUUCAGCAGUCUAAAUGUACCACCUUUCAAACUCCAAAGUCAAUGACACCCUGCUCAUAUGAAUCAGCCUGUUGUCGUUGUGAGAGUGACCCCUCUUCCGCUUUGACCAGGAUCAUUGAUAUGCCAAGCAUUAAGUAACACAGCUAGUGCCAGGCUUUCCCUGCCAACAAGAGACAGAGUGUGUGUAGUGGAAAGAAAGGCAACCUGUAGAUUUUUUAAAUUAACUCGACUUUAUUGCUGUUGGCUCUGACCCUAUGGCACUCAGUCUGUAGUCAAGUGUGUAUCUAUGAAUUUGUGGAUUUAUUUAUAUUCUGCUUUACACUAAUUAUGCUUUUGAGCUCUGGGUCCACAAAAACUUGCUAAUAAAGUGUUUAUUCUCCA